AUGGCCGCAAGACUACCCGGGGCCUUCCCCGCGGUCCCCGCCCAGCUACAAUGCGCUUCUCGCUCCGACGGCGUCGUGUCCCUGACGCUCCACGACGAGGCAUUCACCAGCAUUGGCGUAGUUGGCUUCCUACACCUCUAUAAGGGCUACAAGACCACGGGCAAGGACGAGGAUGCCACUGCGAAGCAACUUGAGCAGCAAGAAAAGGCAGAGCGCCAAGAAAUCCAAGAGGAAUCAAACUCUAAGCGUCCCAAGAAACGGCCUAGGAUACGGCCCGAGGGACCAUGGCAAGUCCGUGUCAUGUCGACGCUUCCUCUCAAGGCCAUCUCGAGACUAUGGGGAUGGUUCAACGAGUUGACUAUUCCGUACUAUCUGAGAGCCCCCGGUUUUAAACUCUAUUCUUACUUCUUUGGUGUCAAUCUUGACGAAGUUGCGGAACCCGAUCUUCGAACGUACAAGAACUUGGCUGCGUUCUUCUACCGAACCCUGAAACCCGGCUCUCGUCCCCUGGACCCUCGCCCCGACGCCCUUCUAUCCCCUUCGGACGGUCGGAUCCUCCAGUUUGGACAAAUCGAAGGCAACGACAUAGAGCAGGUGAAAGGAAUGACAUACACGAUUGAUGCGCUUCUCGGAAAGAAAACCCCUACCCCUAGUGUUUCAUCAUGGCCUUCCGAUCCUGAGUCCAAGGACCCUGCCGACUUAGCCAAGGACGAACAGUUGGUCAACGAUCACGAAGAGUUUGCAAGGCUGAACGGCAUCUCCUACACUCUCCCUAACCUAUUCGCAGGCCAAGCGACAAAGGGCCGACAGGGAUCUCUCAAGGAUCAGGCGGUAAGGCGAGACUCUGAGUCGACCAUUGCCGCAAAGACUGCCCUCUACUACGCUGUCAUCUACCUUGCGCCAGGAGACUACCAUAGAUUCCACUCGCCCACGAAUUGGGUUGUCGAAAAGCGACGCCAUUUCGCCGGGGAGCUCUACAGUGUGUCCCCGUAUCUCCAGAAGACCCUGCCCGGUCUGUUUACUUUGAAUGAAAGAGUUGUGCUUCUCGGUCGCUGGCGAUGGGGCUUCUUCAGUUAUGUGCCGGUUGGCGCCACUAACGUAGGGUCCAUCAAGAUCAACUUUGACCGAGAGCUUCGAACCAACAGCCUUACAACGGAUACGGCAGCCGAUAGAGCCGCAGAGGAAGCUGCCGUCAAGGGUGAACCCUACCUAGGGUUCUCCGAAGCUACGUACCAUUCCGCCAGCCCCAUUCUCCACGGCCACGGUGUCCGACGUGGCGAAGAGAUGGGCGGUUUCCAGCUCGGCAGCACAAUUGUGUUGGUGUUUGAAGCUCCUAUUGAGAAGAAGGACGAGAAUGGCAAGCGCACUGGCUGGGUAUGGGAGGUAGAGAAGGGCCAAAAGGUUCAGAUGGGCCAGUCCCUCGGUUAUACCACAGAGGUCGCUUAA